UACCAAUCAAUUCCGAGUUGCAUAUUAUGACAAGAAAUGUGCUGGAGAAUGUUUGGUAAAAUCCAAUCGGGUGAUUCCUAAAUCAAUGUAAAAACACAGAAAAGCAAACCAUUACAUAUAUCAUAGUUACUCAAUUUAUUUAAUUGAAAGCAACAAAAAUAUUUCUUUAAAAUUUUCAGUGAAAGUUAAAAAACACAUAGGCAUUCCCCUCCCAAUCAAAAGUUAGGUAAAUCAAGAGCGACGAGAAUCCGAAUGCUCGUUGCAAAGGGGUAGGACCAUCAUCUGGAUCAUCUGGAGGAAUGCCGGUUUUGGAUGACAACAUUAUUGAUGAGUGUGAGGAUGCGCGAGAAGGACGCUUGCCGCGUUGGUGGUUCGGUGGUUUCUCCUCCGUCUGCGUGGCCUUCGCGGUAGCUCCAAUAGACAUUGUGAAGACUCAUAUGCAGAUUCAAAAAAAAAAACGGUCCAUUUAUGCAACGGCUCUCAACAUCCACAAGUUGAGGGGGUUCUUGGGAUUCUACGAUGGCUUUUCGGCUGCUAUUCUGAGACAAAUUACUUCCACCAACAUCCGCUUCAUUGUCUAUGAAGCUGGAAAAAAGAUGCAUCUAGUCGAUGAAAAUGCAUAUCUUGGCAAGAUUAUCCUGGGAUGCGCGGCUGGUUUAUGUGGAUCCGUCUGCGGAGUACCCACCGACCUGAUUAAUGUCCGGAUGCAGACCGAUAUGAAGGACGAGCCGAACAAGCGACGCAACUAUAAGCACGUCUUUGAUGGCUUCGUUCGAAUACCCAGGGAGGAAGGUUGGAUGACACUCUACAAGGGUGGAUCAGUAGCUGUUUUAAAAGCAUCUCUGGGAACUUGCAGUCAAAUUGCAUUAUACGACAUAAUUAAAACAGAAGUGCGAAAGAAUACCUCUGUGAAUGACGGUGUGCCCCUGCAUUUUCUGACUUCCCUGGCAACGUCGAUCAUUUCGUCUACGAUCACUCAUCCCCUGGACGUGGUGAAGACCCUAAUGAUGAACUCCAGACCCGGCGAGUUCAGCACAACCUUCCACGCGGCCAUUUACAUGAUGCGAUUCGGGGUCACGGGACCCUACCGUGGAUUAGUUCCUGCGGUAGUGCGGAAAGCACCAGCCACUACUUUGCUAUUUGUUUUGUACGAACAGUUGAGGCUUCACUUCGGAAUUUGCUCCCUGGGAGGGGAUAAGAUUAACGGGUGAAAUUAUUAUAUUAUAUAUAAUUGUAUAAUAUAGUUUGAAACUAAGUAGGACUUUGCUUAAGCGAAAGGUACUGUGCAUCCGGAUAGUACAAAAUAUACCUCAUGAUAUGUUU